UGGAACAAGUGCAAAACUGUAUGGUCACAUUAACCAAACAUCUGUUUCUUCUUUUUUCUGUAUACAACUUUAUCGAAAAGUGCAUAAGGCAAAAUGCAAUUCAUAUAAACUAACUGAAAAUAAGAAAAUAAUAUAAACUAGUGAAGUGAACGAGCCGCAAAAUGUCGCAAGUGACGUCGUCAACGACACAGAGUGCAUCCGCUGCCCAGGCGGGCAGACGGUUGCCCAACAACGAUGCUGCUGUUUGCGUGGGCGUCGCUGGCGGUGGCUACGGCGAAACAGAGUGGGAGGCGCGUGAGUCCCAGCGACAACGGGAGUUGCAUGAGGCACGGGCCAGAGCCGCACAGAUGGAGAAGACCAUGAAGUGGUGGUCGGAUUGCACUGCCAACUGGCGCGAGAAGUGGAGUAAGGUUCGCAACGAGCGUAACAAGGCUCGCGAGGAAUCUAAGCAAUUAAACAUUAAACUGGACGUCGCCAUGAAGGAGGCACAUUCGUUAAAACGUGAGAAAAAUGAUCUGGAACUGCAGAUAACGCAGCUUAAAAAGGAAAUGGAAAAUGUGCACUCCCUGAUGAUGAAACAUGCCGGACAAUUUCAUCGCGCCGAUACCAAUGAAGAUGCCGAAGCCAAUGGACGUGAUGCCAAUUGUUCACCGGACAUUUCGUCAGAUGGCUUGAAGAAUGUCAACAGUGAAGAUGGUUUGGUCACUAAGCUGCCCAAUGAUGUCAAAGAUUUAGACAUUGAAGAGUUUGCCCUAAAGGGCGCCAUGCCCAAACAUCUAAGCGAACUAGAUGAAGCGGCAGCUGCCGAGGAAAAGCGUUUGAUACAACAACUAUCCAAGGAUGAUUUCGAUGAGGAUUAUUUGCUGCAAAAGAUAUCUAUGCUCCAGUUGCGCUUGGAUGAGGCUCAAAAGACUCUGCAGGCAGAGCGAGAUGAAAAACACGAACUACACAAGAGCAUAGAGAAACUGGCGCUGGAACUGCAGGAUGUGCGUGGACGUCAGGAAGAGCUACGUUCGGCCAAACAGGAGGCAGUUCGUGAGCUGCUUACACUCCAGGAGCAACAUCGUGCCGAGAUGCGUAUUGUCAACAACUCGCUGCAAGAAGAAAUUGCGGCGCGUGAAAAUCUGGAGCGUCGUCUUAGUGAACUACGCACAGAACUGGAGCAUUUACAGGCCGAGAACGCUUCGGAAUGGGGCAAGCGAGAACGUUUGGAAUCUGAGAAGUUGGCGCUGGAGCGCGACAAUAAAAAGUUGCGAGCUGAACUUCGUGACUAUCAGGAACGCUCUGAUCGAAAGUGUCGCCCCAUGCAAGCCAACGAUGUGGAGUUGCGUGCGCUGCAGCAGGAGUUGUCUGAGAGAAAUAAGGAAAUCAGCGAAGUCAAAAUGUCGCAUGCCAAACUCAAGAAACUGCUGGCCGAAACAAACACUGAACUGGGUCAUGCAGUGCGACGGGCGGAACAAUAUGAGGCGGAGGUAAAACGACUUCGACAACGCGUUGAGGAGCUUAAACGUGAAUUGGCUGGUGCCGAGGAUGAGCUGGACUCGGCAGUUAACCAAGUGCGACGCUUGCAGCGCAGCAAUGAUGAGUUGGUGGGUCAAACUGAGGGGCUUCAGGUGCAAAUACAACAUCUGCAGAACAGACGUGCACCAAGUCCACAACUGCGUGGCAUGGGUGGAGUGCAGUUGCGUAACAAGAUUGCCGUCGAGUUGCCCAAUGAUUGUCUGCCCAACAUCAAUGAUCUGCGUCAGAUCUUUGACGAUACUCAGGCGGGUUUGCGUAGCUCCCACAAUGGCAGCGAUUCGGUGUCAGCUCAUCAUGCUGCAGCAGUCAAGCGUUCCAGUCACACGGAGCGCACGCUGUUGCAGCAACAGCAGAGCAAUGCGGCAGCAGCUGCCGCGGCAACAGCAGCAGCGGCGGCGGCGGCGGCGGCUUAUUUUGAUGCCAAGACAUCGCAUUUCGAGGAGAACAUCUUUGAGGCAAAGUCGCGUAAUUUGGAGUUUGAGCGAGCCAAGCAGAAGUUUGAUAAUCCCCAUGGGCAGCAUCAUCAUCAGCACCAUCAAAGGCAACAGCGUUCAUCGGCCGGACGCUACAAUAGCGCUGGCAGCAACAGCAGCAGCGGAAAUCGAGCUAAUCUCGCCUUGCCGCUCAAGUGCAUGACAAACAGUGGCGGCAACACAACAGCAUCGAAUAAGGAUGAUAUCAAUAGGCAACUGUAUGAGGCACACGAUAAGGAGCAGACAGCUGCUGGCUAUGCUCGCAAUAGUAUUAAUUUAGAUGGUCUAAAGGUAUCCGACGACGAGACUCCGUAGCUAUGGCUCGACAAGUUUGCUGCUGGACGAUGAAACGGAAGGGAAUAGCGAUUGAUCGAACAACAAAUUUCAAGAUGCUUCGAUUGCAGUUUAUGGUAUUAAAUGUAUUAGUAUUAACUUUUCCAAUCCUAGCCCUUUGGCUAUUGUUCUCAAGCAAUUUGAAGCAGAAGUUCUUUGUUCCUUAACUCUUUCGUAUAUACAACAUAUUUAUAUGAAGAUUAAUAGCAUACAUUUACUUCGAAAUACGUCAUAUUCUAAGUAGAUCCCUGAAGUACAACGACCAAGAUUACAUUAGAAAUGACAUUAAGUUUCUUUCAUAGAUUUUGAUAUAUGUAUUUCUGGCUGAUUUUUACAAUUGUCUGUCUAAAUAUAUGGAUAUAUAGAUUGGUU